AUGUCAAUCUACACCAACUGUGCCUAUUUCACUCUCUGGAAAUCCUACGAUCUCAUCUGGUUCUGGUCGCAUUUUCUAUUAUGCAGUUGUUUUCCGCAACUUCGACCCGAAAAUUAUCUGAUUGUUUGGUCGAAUUUGGUAUGGAAAAAAUGCACAAAAUAUCCGGAUUACUCUUUUAAACAAUUGUAUUAUGCACUUUAUACAACGACUAGAUCUACACAUUUUACGAAAAGAUUAAUGUCGAGGAAGGAGAAACGAGGAGUUAUUAAUAUUAAUUCGGAUAGUGAUGAGGAUGAUGAACCGAUAACUGGAAGAAGGUUUGAAUUUUUGGGGUUUGGAACCCUUUAGAAGGAUUUUAGAAAGUUCUAGGGGACUUAAGGAGGCUUCAGUCGUUUUUUUCACUAAAAAACAUCAAUCAAAUUUCCAGCGAAAACCGAGGACAGCCAAAAAUAAUUGAAGAACAACCGAUUAUUGUUGAAGAAGGUAGGUUUCUUAUCAAUUUUUUCACACGGCAUUUCAAAGACAUUUCAUUCAUUUCCAGUUAGCGACGAAGAACCGGCAAUCGGUGAAACAAAUGAAAGCACACCGCUGCGACCAGCGCGACCAUCUAGAGCACCAAAGGAAAAUCAAGAAGAGGAUGAGAUUUUGGAAGUUGUGGAGGAUCAAGAUCAGGAACAGGAUAAGGAUCAGGAGAAGAAAUGGAAAUAUGUGCCGGAUCGAGUGUUGAAGUUUCUUCCCCGACAAAAUUCAUCGACACCUUCGGAAUCGCCUAGCACUUUCAGCAAGAUUUAUGAUCGCUUCCGACCGAAUCGCAAUAAUUCGAAUCCUAGUGUUCAGCAGAAAGAUGGUGAGGGCUUUCUUGAAUUCUAGAAAUUUAUAGAAGUUUCCCAGCCGUUUUAGAAUCUCUCCAGACUCCCAAGAAUGUUUUUUUUUGCAGAAAUCGAAAUUCUCCGUCCAGACUAUUCGAAUCGUUACGACAUCCACGACAAAUCCAAACGAGAAGCCCGCGAAAAACGCGACAAAAAAGCGUUGCGAGCUCGAAUUCGUCGCGAACUCCGGCAACAAAUGCAAAUCGACGCAGCCACCGAAAGACAACGCAAAAAAGUGACUGACGCAAUCGAGCUUCUCCUUCAACUUCUACGAAUGAUGUCAUCUUUUGCAAUGUUAAUCGGGACCAUUCGAAAAACUUUUAUCCCAGCUCAAUUCAAAUAUUUGAAACCUGGCCAACAUGCUUAUGAUAAUUAUGAAUUGAUUAUUUUGUUCAGGUGAGAGUUGGAGAGCAUAGAGAGCUUCUUUUCUAUGUAAAUCCCAAAUUUCCAGAUGCACAGCAUUUUUCGAAAUCGCCAUGUUCUGGAUGAAUGUUUCGUACGCGUAUUGUCUCCAAUGGCAACUUUGUUGUCGACUCGGAUGUUUUAAAUUUAUUUUCUGGGCAACGAUUCUUGGUCUAGUAAGUUCUGAAGCUCCCCUGAAUCUCCAAAAACUAAAAAAAAAUUUUUUCAGAUUGCUGUUGGUGGAAUGAUGGUCCCAAUGACUUAUGUGAUGAAUGAUUUGGAUUUGAGCUGGUGUCGAUUUGUUCCCGAAUCACCCUUUGCAAAAUAUCAACCUGGAUGGUGA